AUGCUCCGCCGAAUGCCUCCCGCUACCGAGCCCGCCACGCGCUACACUAUGCUCAAGCUGCGCCAGCUGCAGAAGGAGAAGCAGCGGCAGGCCGCACAAGCCCAGGCGCCAGCACAAGGCCGCUCCGCCGCCUCGCCCGCACAGCUGCGCGUCGAGAAGGACCUGGCCACCCUCGAACUGCCCACAACAGUGACGCUGGACACGAAGUGCCUUGGCUCCGAGAACAAGGUCUACCUCCGCAUCUCCCCUGAGGAGGGCGUGUACCGUGGCGGCCACUUCCGGUUCUCGGUCGUGUUCCGCGACACGUACCCCAUUGAGCCGCCGACGGUCAAAUGCCUCAACACUAUCUACCAUCCCAACAUCGACUACUCCGGCAACAUCUGCCUCAACGUCCUGCGCGAGGACUGGUCGCCCGUCAUGGACCUGCAAACUGUGGUGCUCGGGCUUCUAUUCUUGUUUCUGGAGCCCAACGGAAGCGAUCCUCUCAACCGGCAGGCCGCGGACACCAUGCUGCGCGACCCCUACCGCUUCGAGACCAACGUGCAGGCCACCAUGAUGGGCGGCCACCUCGACGGCCAGGUCUUCGACAACGUCCGCCACUAG